AUGUCAGCAAACCCUUUUUUUCCUGCCCGAGAACUUGGUUGUGUCAUUCGUGCCACCUACGAACCAAUAGGGCAACUUCGAGGUGGAUUUGCGGGCCGAUUCGGGCAGAUAGACGAAAACAUUGGGAAAAUCAUUCUGGGGGGGUCAUAUUGUCUCGGUCUCUCAGAAUUCGCCAUGGCUGCCACCGCCGCUCUCUCCAGCUCCUUUGCGGGUGUCGCUCUUCCCACCCUGCCCGCCAGGAAGACCGUCUCCGUGUCCCGGAUCGUGAAGGUGACCGCCAGCGGUGGCAAGAAGAUCCAAACCAAGACCCCCCUGGGUCCCAGCGGUGACUACAAGUUCAAGGUGGACCCCUCCGGCUCUCCUUCCAAGGGCAAGGGUGCUUACCAGUUCGCCAAGAAGUACGGUGCUAACGUCGAUGGCUACAGCCCCAUCUACACCCCGGAGGAGUGGUCUGCUAAGGGUGACACCUACGAGGGUGGCAAGGGUGGUCUGCUCCUGUGGUUCCUCACCUUCGGCGGCCUUCUCGCCAUCGGUGCGCUCCUCAUCGUCAACACGAGCGCUCUUGCCUAA